ACACUGUUACAAUUCUUCCUCCAUCAGAGUCCAUGCUCAUGCCUUCUCCAAUUCCCACAAGCUACAAAAUUUUUCAGCCCUAUACACUAAAUACCCCUCUUUUCACCAACAAAAUCAACAAUGAUAACAUUACUAUCCGACCAACUAAAAGCAUACUCUCUUUCUCUGCCACUGACCCUUCACAUGAAGACAUAAACCACUCUUCACCCUUCAAACACACAACAACAAAUGACCUGAAUUUUGAGGAUUCAACCACUAGGUUUCGAAUCAAAGGUCUUGUCCAAAGGAUUACAACAUUAUUCUCCUCCAAUUCCAAAACCCAGAUACUGCAAAUUCUAGAGAAAGAUCCAGAAUUUCAAACCAUAUCAGAUUUCAAUCACCUUCUCAUGGCUCUAGUCAUUGCACGAGAGUUUGACAUUUGUCACAGAAUCUUCACAAAGUUACCAUCUUUUCAACUUAUGCCAGAUUGUUGCACCUAUUCCAUCAUGAUAAGGUGCCACUGUGAGAAAAAUGAUGUGGAAGGAGCCAAGAGAGCAUUGGACACCAUUCUGGAAAAAGGGUUUCAACCAGAUCCUGCAACUUUCACUGUGCUCAUAAACUCACUUUGCAAAAGGGGGAGAGUGCAAAAGGCAAUAGAGGUUUGUGAAAUCAUGGGUAGAAAGGGUUACAAACCCAAUGUUCAAACACAAAAUUGCUUGCUUAAGGGGUUGUCCUAUGUAGGGAAGGUGGAAGAAGCAUUUGAGAUUUUGAUGAGUAUGAAAGGAACCUCACUGGAGCCUGAUGUUUAUUCUUAUACUGCUGUAAUGGAUGGUUUAUGCAAAGUGGGUCGUUCAGAUGAAGCAAUGGAGUUGCUCAAUGAAGCUGAGGGAACUGGGGUAGUGCCCAAUGUGGUAACUAUCAACACACUGUUACAAGGGUAUUCUAGGGAGGGAAGGCCAAUGGAGGGUGUGGUUAUUUUGAAGAUGAUGAAGGAUAAACAUGGGUGUGUUCCUGAUUAUGUUAGUUAUAGCACUGUCUUACAUGGGUUGCUGAAGUGGAAUGAAAUUGUAGCAGCUCUUGGAGUUUACAAGGCAAUGGUGAGAGUUGGGUUUGAAGUCGAUGUGAGGGUGAUGGGGACAUUGGUGGGGCGUUUGUGCAAGAUGUCAUGGAAGGAGAGAGGACUAAUUCAAGAUGCAUGUGAAGUGUUUGAGAAAAUGAAGGAGAGGGAUUCAGUGGUUGACCAGAGGACACUAGAGGUGAUGGUUCGGGCACUUUGUGGGGGAAAGAAGUUUGAUGAGGCUUUGGAAGUUUUGAAUGAUAUGGUUAGGUUGGGAUAUUCCCCUGAGUCAGUUACAUUUGACAAAAUGAUUCAAGGCCUUUGUGGAUGGGGAAGAGUGGACGAUGCAAUGUCAACUUUGGUCCUUUCGCAUGCAAUUGGAGGAAUUCCUGGUAGAACUUCCUAUGACGUGUUGAUCAAAGAACUCAAUGAACAGGGUAGAUUGUUUUCUGCUGCUUAUUUGUUUGGUGCUGCACUGAAGCAAGGUGUUGUUCCCAACAGGAAACCUUUGCCAAGUGUUAUGAAAAGGGAGGAAUUACAAGCUCACCCGGGGAUUUACAGCAUGUUUGGGUUCAGUUUCAUUUCAAGAAAAUAAUUACUAUUUUUUAAAAGCUUUUUCCGAAUCGGUAGGAAAUAAGUAAUUAUUUCUAAAAGUAAGUUAAACCAAAUAUACACCAAGAUAAUUUGGUUGCAAUAUUCUACGCUAUUCUUUUGGAUUAGCGGUUUUUUUUGUUUCUUCGUAGCCAAACACAAGGGAGUUUAAAAAAAAGUAAAAUCAACCGUUAUUUAUUUGCGAGCACAAGAUACGAGGUACCUUAGAUGAUUUCAAAUUUUUUCCAUUUUGCAGGUAUUAAUUGUGAUAGUUUUCAUGGUGAAUGUGAAACCAAUCAGACUCUUAUAUCAAUGUGCCGUGGCAAUUCUACCAAAAGGGCAAAAAAUCAUUCUGACAAACCUUGUUUGGAUUGUCAAAAAAACAAGCACAGGUGGAUGAGGAAUUUCAUAGAAAGGAUAAGUGUGGGAAUGGGAAGUAAGGUGGCAAAUCAUGAUAUGAGUCUCAAGAUGAAAUGUAUAUUAUUAGUAUAGUGUAUGGAUUCGGGUGUCUUUGGUGCUGUGUAUACUUUGGUGAGUCCGACGUACUCAUGGGAGUCAUGAAUCCAUGACGGAGGAGUUCUAAUUGAAUGAGAAACUAACUGAUUUUUGGAUUUAAUUGAAAUAAAAAAUUUAAGGAGGCAGAAAGAGAAGGAUGAGAAUAAUUGAAGAUCUGGAUCUCAAAUGUUAGUGUUUUAGAAAUCUUCAAGGUUUUACUUUUCAUCAUAGUGUUCUCUGCUUUUACUUUUUAUCCAUCACGUUUUAGAAAUCUCAAACGUCAUUAUUGUUAUAAUCAAAGAU